GCCGUGUGCGCCGCCUCACGCAGCUCCGCCUGGCCGCCCGGAGGGGCCCGACCGCUGUCCGCCUGUGUGGCCCGGGCCUCGGGCCCGCCGCUGAGCGCGAGGCCGGCUGGCCGCCGCCAUGCACGCCGCGGAGCCCCCGCCGCCGGAGGACUCUGGGACUACACCGAGGCCGAACUGUUAGGUCCCACUGAGCGAGGCCGGCGGGCCGCGAGGGGGGCUGGCCGCGGCACUCCCGCGGAGGAUGGAUGGCCGAGACUUCGGGCCCCCGCGGUCCGUGCACGGCCCCCCGCCGCCGCUGCUGUCCGGCCUGGCCAUGGACAGCCACCGCGUGGGCGCGGCCACAGCCGGACGCUUGCCCGCCUCGGGCUUGCCCGGCCCGCUGCCACCCGGGAAGUACAUGGCCGGCCUCAACCUCCACCCGCACCCGGGCGAGGCCUUCUUGGGCAGCUUUGUGGCCAGCGGGAUGGCCCCCUCAGCGUCGUCCCAUGGGAGCCCGGUGCCCCUGCCCUCUGACCUCUCCUUCCGCUCCCCCACCCCCAGCAACCUGCCCAUGGUGCAGCUAUGGGCCACCCAUGCUCAUGAAGGCUUUUCCCACCUGCCCAGCGGGUUGUAUCCAUCCUACCUCCACCUGAACCACCUGGAGUCCCCCAGCAGCGGGAGCCCCCUCCUCAGCCAGCUGGGCCAACCCAGCAUUUUCGAUACCCAGAAAGAGGGCUUCUACCUGCCCGCCGCUCCCGGAGGUCCGGGCGCCCUGCACUCUCACGCGCCCCCCAGGACCCCAGGCAGCCACUCCUCAGGCGCUCCGCCCAAAAGCUCAUCACGGGAAGGUCCGGCCAAGGAGCGCGCAGGCCGCGGCGGGGAGCCGCCCCCGCUGUUCGGCAAGAAGGACCCUCGGGCCCGCGAAGAGAUGGCAGAGCGGCCGGAGGGGCUCCGCGAGAAGAACUCGGUGAUCCGCUCUCUCAAAAGGCCACAACCCGCCGAGGCCCCGCCCGCGAGGGCCGCCCGCGCCUCCCCCGACCCCCGGGCGUACCUCCCCACCAAAGACCUGCUCAAGCCCGAGGUGGAGCCCAGGGCCUGCGAGCGGGCGCCCCGCGGGCCGGCAGCCAGCGCCCAGCAGUCGGCCAAGCUCUUCGGCCUGGAGCCCGCGCGGCCGGGCCCGGAACACAAGUGGAAACCUUUUGAGCUGGGUAACUUUGCCACCACGCAGAUGGCAGUGCUGGCGGCCCAGCACCACCACGCCAGCCGCGCCGAGGAGGAGGCGGCUGCUGCCGUCUCCAAAAAGGCCUACCUGGACCCUGGGGGCGCCCUGCCCCGGGCCUCGGCCACCUGCCCCAGACCCGGAGUGGACAUCCACGCGGCGGCCCACGGGCCAGGAGAGGCCUCGGCCAUGCAGAGUCUCAUCAAAUACAGCGGUAGCUUCACCCGGGAGGCUGUGGCUGUGCGUCCUGGUGGCUGUGGCAAGAAGAGCCCCUUUGGAGGCCUGGGCACCAUGAAACCAGAGCCAGUUCCCACCGCCACCAACGCCCCUCGGACCCAGGCCCGGCUCCCACACCCCACAGGCCCCGCGGCGGGCGGGGGCCGGCAGCUGAAGCGGGACCCAGAGAGACCGGAGAGCGCCAAGACCUUCGGUCGCGAGGGUUCUGGCGCCCAGGGCGAGGCCGAGGUGCGACACCCGCCCGUGGGCAUCGCGGUGGCCGUGGCGCGGCAGAAGGACAGUGGCGGCAGCGGCCGGCUGGGGCCUGGGCUGGCAGAGCAGGAGCGCUCCCUGUCACUGAGCACCGUCAAAGGGCACGGACGAGCCGAUGAGGACUGUGGGGAUGACAGGGCCAGGCACCGGGAGGACCGGCUGCUGGGAGCACGGCUGGACCGGGACCAGGAGAAGCUGCUCAGAGAAAGCAAGGAGCUGGCUGACCUCGCCCGCCUGCACCCUACCAGCUGUGCUGCCAAUGGCCUGAACCCCAACCUUAUGGUGACUGGGGGCCCGGCACUGGCGGGUUCGGGUCGCUGGUCUGCUGACCCUGCCGCCCACCUGGCCACUCACCCCUGGCUGCCACGCUCGGGCAGCACGUCCAUGUGGCUGGCGGGCCACCCCUAUGGCCUGGGCCCUCCCUCUCUGCACCAGGGCAUGGCUCCUGCUUUCCCACCUGGCUUGGGGAGCUCCCUGCCGUCAGCCUACCAGUUUGUCAGGGACCCCCAGUCGGGCCAGCUGGUGGUCAUUCCCAGCGAUCACCUGCCUCACUUUGCGGAGCUGAUGGAGCGGGCUGCUGUGCCGCCGCUCUGGCCUGCCCUGUACCCGCCCGGCCGCAGCCCCCUGCACCACGCCCAGCAGCUACAGCUCUUCUCCCAGCAGCACUUCCUGCGCCAGCAGGAGUUCCUGUACCUGCAGCAGCAGGCGGCCCAAGCCCAGGCCAUGGAGCUGCAGAGGAGCGCCCAGCUGGUGCAGGAGCGGCUGAAAGCCCAGGAGCACCGAGCUGAGAUGGAGGAGAAGGCUGGCCGGCGGGGCCUGGAGGCCACAGGCAAGGCCGGCUUGGCUGCUGCCGGGCCUGGGCUGCUGCCUCGGAAGCCCCCUGGCCUGUCCACUGGCCCCGUGGGCACCUACGGCAAGGCUGUGAGCCCUCCGCCAUCGCCUCGAGCUUCCCCUGUGACUGCCCUGAAGGCCAAGGUCAUCCAGAAGUUGGAGGAUGUGACCAAGCCACCCACCUAUGCCUACCCUGCCACGCCUAGCUCCCACCCCUCCAGCCCGCCACCCGCCUCCCCACCGCCCACCCCUGGCAUUGCCCGCAAGGAGGAGGCACCUGAGAAUGUCGUGGAGAAGAAGGAAUUAGAGAAGGAAGCCCCCACCCCCUUCCAGGCCUUGUUCUCAGAUAUCACGCCCCGGUACUCGUUCCCAGCUCUGCCGCCACACUACGGGAGGCCGUACCCGUUCCUGCUGCAGCCGACGGCGGCUGCUGACGCCGACGGCCUGGCCCCUGACGUGCCGCUUCAGGCCGAUGGACCGGAGCGCCUGGCGCUUUCUCCUGAGGACAAACCCCUGCGCUUGUCCCCCUCCAAAAUCCCCGAGCCGGUGCGGGAGGGCCCCGAUGAAGAGCCUCUGCCUGACCGGGAGGUGAAGGCGGAGGUGGAGGACAUGGACGAAGGCCCUUCAGAGCUACCUUCCCACGCGUCGCCGCUGACCCUGCCUCCCGAGGAAGCCCUGGCGGCGCCGAGCCCUGUGGGCAGCUGUGGAGGCGGCCUGCUGGAGGCCCAGGCGCUGAGCGCCAGCCCGAGGGCCGCGGCGCCCGCCGGGUGCCCGGGCUUUGUCGAGGGACCUGAGGUCCAGGUUGGCUCCCCGGGCCGGACGGAGCCCUGUGCGGCUGCCCCGGACCUGGGGGGGCAACUGACGCCAGAGACCCUGGUGGAGGCCAAGGAGGAGCCCGUGGAGGUGCCCGUGGAGGUGCCCGUGGUUGUGCCCGUGCCGGAGGCGGUGCCUGAGGAAGGCCUGGCUCAGGCGGCCCCCAGCGAGCCCCGGCCCAGCCUGGAGCUGACAGACUGUGAUGUGUCUGCCGAGGGCACGGAGUGCCUAAGUUUGGAGACCCAGGAGGCCACUGCUGUGCCCAGCAGCACCUGCUUCCUGGAAGAUGCGGUCUCUGACCAGUUCCUGCCUGGCCCGGAGGACCCGCUGGCCGGGAUGAAUGCCCUGGCCGCGGCUGCGGAGCUGCCCCAGGCCAGGCCUCUGCCCUCCCCGGGCGCUGGGGCCCCAGCCCUGGAGAAGCUGGGGGCCGCGCAGAGCCUGGUCCUAGAGCAGAGCUUCCUGCACGGCAUCACCCUGCUGAGCGAGAUCGCGGAGCUGGAGCUGGAGAAGAGGAGCCAGGAGGCGGGAGGUGCGGAGCGGGGCCUGGUGGUGCGGCCCUCGCUGGAGAGCCUGCUGGCGGCCAGCAGCCACAUGCUGAAGGAGGUACUGGACAGCCCCUUUGUGGACCCGCUCAAGAACCUGCGGCUUCCACGGGAGCUGAACCCCAAUAAGAAGUACAGUUGGAUGCAGAAGAAGGAGGAGCGGAUGUACGCCAUGAAGUCCUCCUUGGAGAACAUGGAUGCCAUGGAGCUGGACUUCCGGAUGAGGCUGGCAGAGGUCCAGCGGCAGUACAAGGAGAAGCAGCGGGAGCUGGUGAAGCUGCAGAGGCGCCGCGAUUCCGAGGACAGGCGCGAGGAACCCCAUAGAAGCUUGGCACGCAGAGGCCCUGGCAGGCCGAGGAAACGGACCCACGCCCUGAGCGCCCUGUCGCCCCCCCGCAAGAGAGGGAAGAGCCGCAACAGUAGCGGAAAGCUGAGCAGCAAGCCCCUGCUGACGUCGGAUGACUACGAGCUGGGAGGAGGGAUGAGGAAGAGACACAAGGGGUCUGAGGAGGAGCAUGACGCCCUCGCUGGAACUGGCAAAGCUAGAGGGAGGAACCAGCCCUGGGAGGAGCACGAGACAUCCGCGGACUUCAUGAGCCAGCUCAAGAUUAAGAAGAAAAAGAUGGCCAGUGACCAGGAGCAGUUGGCAAGCAAGCUGGACAAGGCCCUCUCCCUCACAAAGCAGGACAAGCUGAAGUCACCUUUCAAAUUCUCGGACACUUCUGUGGGGAAAUCAAAAGCCAGCGGGGGCUGCGGCAGGUACUUGACGCCCUACGACAGCCUGCUGGGCAAGGACAGGAAGGCGCUGGCCAAAGGCCUCAGCUUGUCUCUGAAAGCCUCCAGAGAAGGUAAACACAAAAGGGCCGCCAAGGUCAGGAAGAUGGAGGUGGGCUUCAAGGCCAGAGGCCAGCCCAAGCCGGCCCACUCCCCGUUCGCCUCGGAAGUGAGCAGCUACUCCUACAAUACGGACUCAGAGGAAGAUGAAGAAUUCCUGAAGGACGAGUGGUCUGCCCAAGGCCCCUCCAGCUCCAAACUGACGUCCUCCCUCCUGUGUGGCAUGGUGGCAAAGAACAGCAAGCCAGCUGGAGGCUCCAAGCUGACCAAGAGGGGCCUGGCGGCUGCCCGGACUCUGAAACCUAAGCCGGCUGCCAGCAGGAAGCAGCCGUUCUGUUUGCUGCUCCCAGAGGUCGAGGCCCGUUCCUCCUUCAGUGAUUCUUCGGAGGACUCGUUUGACCAAGAUGAGAGCUCCGAGGAGGACGAGGAGGAUGAGCUUGAGGAGGACGAGGACGAGGCUGGUGGCGGCUAUAGGCUGGGGGCCCGAGAGCGGGCCCUGUCGCCAGGCCUGGAGGAGAGCGGGCUGGGCCUGCUGGCCCGCUUUGCAGCCAGUGCCCUCCCCAGCCCCACAGUGGGGCCGUCCCUGUCAGUGGUGCAGCUGGAGGCCAAGCAGAAGGCCAGGAAGAAGGAGGAGCGACAGAGCCUGAUGGGCACAGAGUUUGAGUUCACCGAUUCCGACAGCGAGUUCAAGGUUCGGAAGCGGUCGCCGGCCGGCCUGCUCCGGCCUAAGAAGGGGCUGGGGGAGCCCGGCCCCGCUCUGGCUGUGCCUGCACCCGGCGCUCGGGGCCCGGGCCCCAGCAGCCCUGAGAAGGUGAAGCUGGCAGCAGAGAAGGGGCGCAAGGCCCGCAAACUGCGGGGCCCCAAGGAGCCGGGCUUUGAGGCUGGACCUGAGGCCAGCGACGACGACCUGUGGACUCGGAGGCGCAGCGAGCGCAUCUUCCUGCACGACGCCUCGGCCGCUGUCCCGGCGCCCAGCAGCACCACGCCAGCGGCCGCCAAGCCCAGCCGCUGCGGCAGGGGUGGCCCGCUGAGCCCACGCAAGGACACCGGCCGCACCAGGGACAGGAAGGACCCUCGGAAGAAGAAGAAGGGGAAGGAGGUGGGAUCCGGGGCCGUGCUGCCGCCCCGCGUUCCUGCCCUGCCCCCCGAGGCCCGGACCGCACACACCAGCUCCCCAGCCACGACUGCCAAGAGGGGCAAGACCAGGGCCAAAGGGAAGGAGGUGAAGAAGGAGAACCGGGGGAAGGGGGGCGCUGUGAGCAAGCUGAUGGAGAGCAUGGCUGCUGAGGAGGACUUUGAACCCAACCAGGACUCGAGCUUCUCCGAGGACGAGCACCUGCCCCGCGGUGGGGCCGUGGAGCGGCCCCUGACUCCGGCUCCACGCUCCUGCAUCAUCGACAAGGACGAGCUGAAGGACGGCCUGCGUGUGCUCAUCCCCAUGGACGACAAGCUGCUGUACGCUGGGCACGUGCAGACAGUCCACUCGCCAGACAUAUACCGGGUGGUGGUGGAAGGUGAGCGUGGGAAUCGACCCCACAUCUACUGCCUGGAACAGCUGCUGCAGGAGGCGAUCAUCGACGUGAGGCCGGCCUCCACGCGCUUCUUGCCGCAGGGGACCAGGAUUGCAGCCUACUGGAGCCAGCAGUACCGCUGCCUCUACCCCGGCACCGUGGUCCGAGGGCUGCUGGGCCUAGAGGACGACGGGGACCUCAUCACCGUGGAGUUCGACGAUGGGGACACAGGGCGGAUUCCCCUCUCGCACAUCCGCCUGCUGCCUCCCGACUACAAGAUCCAGUGUGCUGAGCCGUCCCCGGCGCUUCUGGUGCCCAGCGCCAAGCGCCGCAGCCGGAAGACCAGCAAGGACGCCGCGGAGGGCAAAGACGGAGGUGCCCCGGGGCCAGAAGAGCCGGGCGCCAAGGCGCGAGGACGCGGGCGCAAGCCCAGCGCCAAGGCCAAGGCGGACAGAGCUGCUGUCCUGGAGGAGGGGGGCUCAGCAGCUGAGGUUCCUAGCACCCCAUUACCUCUGGAGCCAAUCAGCACCCCAAGCUCCAAGAAGAGCCCCCCAGAAUCCGUGGACAAGCGGGCCAAAGCUCCCAAAACUCGCCCUGCACCCCCACAGCCCAGCGCAGUGCCGUCCACCUUUGCCAGCUGCCCGGGUCCUGAGUCCUUCGGGGAGCUGCCGGCCCCCUCUGCAGCCCUGGCCCCAGCCCCGCUCGUCACCAUGCCCAUCACCAUACCGGCCACCCGCCCCAAGCCCAAGAAGGCCCGGGCUGCUGAGGAGUCGGCCGCCAAGGGGGCCCGGCGGCCAGGCGAGGAGGCCGAGCUGCUGGUCAAGCUGGACCACGAGGGUGUGACGUCACCCAAGAGCAAGAAGGCCAAAGAGGCCCUGCUGCUGCGCGAGGACCCCGGGGCGGGCGGCUGGCAGGAGCCCAAGGGCCUCCUGGGUCUGGGCGGCUACCCGUCGGCCGUGGGCAGCGGUGAGCCCAAGGCGGCCCGGCCCAAGGCCGGCGAGGGCGACCUGGCCCAGGAGCCCGGGGUCGGGCUCGCGUUCGAGGACUCGGGGAACCCCAAGAGCCCGGACAAGGGCCAGGCUGAGCAGGACGGGGCCGAGGAGUCAGAGAGCAGCAGCAGCGGCGGCAGCAGCAGCGACAGCGGCAGCAGCAGCAGCAGCUCGGAGACGGAGGGGGAGGAGGAGGCCCAGGGCGGCGGGGGCCGGAACUGCAGCGCGUCCAGCUCCAGGGCCUCGUCCUCGUCCUCGUCCUCGUCCUCCUCGUCCUCGUCCUCGUCCUCCUCGUCCUCGUCGUCCUCGUCGCCCAAGGCUCAGGUGGGUGCCGGGGCCAAGAGCCGGCCCAAGAAGAGAGAGGGCGUCCACCUCCCCACCACCAAGGAGCUGGCCAAGAGGCAGCGCCUGCCGUCGGUGGAGAACCGGCCCAAGAUCGCCGCCUUCCUGCCCGCCCGGCAGCUCUGGAAGUGGUUCGGCAAACCCACCCAGCGCCGUGGCAUGAAGGGUAAGGCCCGCAAGCUCUUCUACAAGGCCAUCGUGCGCGGCAAGGAGAUGAUCCGCAUCGGGGACUGCGCCGUCUUCCUGUCGGCCGGCCGGCCCAACCUGCCCUACAUCGGCCGCAUCCAGAGCAUGUGGGAGUCGUGGGGCAGCAACAUGGUGGUGAAGGUCAAGUGGUUCUACCACCCCGAGGAGACCAGCCCGGGCAAGCGCCUGCACGAGGGCCAGCUCUGGGACCAGAAGUCCGGCCGCAGCCUCCCUGCAGCCCUGCGGGCCUCCAGCCAGAGGAAGGACUUCAUGGAGCGUGCCCUGUACCAGUCCUCGCACGUGGACGAGAAUGACGUGCAGACAGUGUCGCACAAGUGCCUGGUGGUGGGCCUGGAGCAGUACGAGCAGAUGCUCAAGACCAAGAAGUACCAGGACAGCGAGGGCCUGUACUACCUCGCGGGCACGUACGAGCCCACCACAGGCAUGAUCUUCUCCACCGAUGGUGUGCCCGUGCUCUGCUGAAUGCCCGUGCCCGGCGCCCCACCAGCUGCCUUGCGCCCUGAGGGCCAGCAGGCCCCUCACCAUCACUGCCACGGCCAGGGGCCACGUGCGUUGGUUGUGUGCAUGCAGUGUGCUCGUGGAUGCCCUGGCGCAUGAGUGAGUGUGUACACGUGUGCGCCCGUAUGCAUGCACGUGUGUACACACGUGUACACGUCUCCAGCCCCCCCCCCGAACCCCGCAGCGCCCCAUCGAGACAGGGGCUCCUCUCAGCUAUCAGGGUAUGGCUCUGCCCCGCCCCCUCAGAGGCCUCCCUCCAGCACCUUGUAAGCACUUGGUCGGGUCAGCCCCCAACCCCGGACCAGCACCCCCAGGCUGACGCUGAUGGGGGAUUUGGUGGGAAGGGUUUCUGAGGACCCAAACGGAGGCUCACCCUGGGAGUCCCACCAUUGUGCAUCCUCCCUGGGGCCCAGUGCCUGGCCCCCCUCAGCAUGGAGCCCACCUCAAGCCUCCUUCCGUCAUGGGGGUGAUUCCAUGCCCACCCGCUGCACCAACCAGGUUUGCCCUGGGCACCUGCCAGGGGUCUGGCCUCCGCCCUUUCAGGAUGGCCGGACUUGGGGACAGACCAGGUGAGAGUGGAACCCCGAGAGCUGGACAGGUGGAGGGGCCGUGUGCCCUGAGGCCCCAGCAAGGGCCUGCCCCGCCUGGCCAAACCCUCACACUACAGACUCCCCUAUGGUGCUGAUCUCACGGCCACACGCAGCCGCCCGCCCACGGGCCACCAGGAGGGCAGUUCUUAACCUGUACAGUUUUAUUGUACCAAGAGACUCUUCCCCUGUAUCAUACGCCUUUAAAUGGAGUCAACUUUUUAAUUAUAUAUAUAAAGAUAAAUAUAUAUAAAUAUAUAUAAAUAUAAACUUUUUAAAACUGUGAAAAAAUA